UAUCCCAAACGGAGCACACCUUCGGGUGUCGCCCGCUCAGCAGAUGCAGAAGCCUCAAGGGAGUAGAGAGCGACGUGCCUGAGGCCCAAGAUAUGGGUCCCCUGCCUCCUUACACGGGAGACCAACCGGACGAAACCACUCUCUCUCCCAGCAAAAAGCUGAUUCUGUUGGUUGUGGCGUUGGUCGUUUUCCAUUUGAUAGCAGUGGUUUAUGGAAUAACAAGAUUGUACAGAAACUCUGGAACUGCUGCAAACAGCAGAGUAGCAAAAGUUCGAAAGUCAUAACAGUGCCUCUGGCGUUUGUAUUCCUUUUUUUGUCUGACAAAUCAUAUUAUUUCAGCAUGCGAG